AUGUUGCAUCACUCAUUCUCGUCACUCAUUUUGUUGGGAUUAACCUCCCUCGCCUCUGGCCGCGUUCUCUAUGGCCGCGGUGAAGAUGUUGCCGUGGGCGGCAAAUGGAAGGAUCACGAUCAGGUUACUGCCUUUCAACAACAAGCUGCAGACGGCAUCGAGGGAGAGAUCGAAUUGCGGUUUAAGCCAGGUCUGAACGACGGGAGUGGUUGCUUCCCAUAUGCCGCUGUUGACAAGGACGGCUUCCACAACAAGGGACUGAAGCCCACGGGAAAGAGCGGCGGCGAUUGCCGCGAUGGCACUAAGGGUCAGCUUUACGCCAGAGUUGGAACUUCCAACGGUCGGACCGGUAUCUUGUAUUCGUGGUAUCUGCCCAAGAUCCAGAACGCCGAAGACCACAAGCACUAUUACCUGACCACCGUCGUCUGGGUCCACUCGGACAAGUGUGACCCAACGGCGGACGACUACCGCGUCGUUGGAGUCAGCUACUCUACCGGCAAGGAAACCUACGACACGUCAGUUAGUGGUCAGACGCUUUACAGCUCUGGAGACAGCGGUUCCGGUCCCGGCAACACCCAUCCCAUCGUCGGAUAUGACGGCCAGAUGAACGUGUUUCCUUCCAAAGACGGCGCCGAUUACGCCCUCAACCCCCCAAUGAUCAGCUGGAAAAAGCUGUCUCAGCCGGCCUCAGAGCAGUUCAACGGCAUUGUGUACGAACAUGCCCGAUGCCCUUUUACCGACAACAACAUCCAAGCCUCCCUGAACGCAGCUUUCAACGCCAACUUUUACACUGGCUUGGCCCCCGAGGCUGACAACUGCAACGCGGCGGAUACCCCGACGCCGACGACGCCUCCUACUCAGCCUGAGGAGCCCGCUUCGUCGUCUCCCCCUGAGGCGACUCCUUCAACGCCUUCGACUCCAACGGAGCCCGCAAGCGAUCCUACCACCUCGAACCCACCGACUCCUUCAACAACUGAUACCGGCGAUGAUGAUCUGAUUGAAGACGGCCCGGAGAUUGCCUCUUCCAGCUUGCCAGCAGACGCUACCUACACACCAACCCCUUGA